AUGGAUGAUGCUCGGCUCGAGAUGAAGAGCCAGAUUGAGCGAGCAGCCGCGGCCCUGGCCGUCUUCAUCGGCGCAUCGAGCAUCUCCGAAAUCAAGGAGAAAGAGCCCGACAAUGCAACCGACGACGUCAACGGCCUCGUCUUUCUUGCCUUCCUGAUCGCGAUGAUCGGCUACCCCCACGGCUACGCCCUCCUCACCUACACCGCUAUCAACAAUCGGAACGAGGUGAAUCUUGGCGCCGCGAACAGGUUCCUGUUUCGCUGGGCAUAUGUUUUGUCGAGCGGAAGUUUUCUGGUCGCGGCAAUGACACGAUUGAUGUUCGGAAAGGUUCUGCGAUGCCACAACUCUUUUGGCUGGGCAAUUGCCGGCUCUGCUGUCAUUGGCGUCACGGCACUCAAGUUCGGAUGGCAAGGCAUUGCCUGGAAAUUGAGACGGCCCCGAUCAAGUGAUGAGGAAAUGGGUAACCGAUCAAGUGAUAAGGAAACGGUUAAUCGCGAUGUCCCCAACGCCGCCGACGUCGCGACCAAACCCCAAGACAGCCUCAAACAGCCAAAUAUGACCGAAGGGAUCAAGCCCAGAGUCGGCUCGUCCAGUUUCCAGCCUCCUGGGCUGCAGGAGCCGACCCGGAGAAAGGUCUCUGGACAAAGCUACGACUCCGGGGAGGGGCCGAAGAGACUUCGGCUCAGCAACAAGCCGGCGCCAUGGGUGAAGAAGAACUCGAGGCUAGGAAGUUCUCACCCACCUAAGAACCGGUGA